AUGUCAGACCCAAACGAUCCCAAACCAAUUUCAAUUUUUGAAAGUCGUAUGCAGGUACGCCUUUACCAGUCCGAGAACGACGUACUGUUCCGUGUACUAGCACGAGGCCGAGGUGCCGACGCAGCCGAGGACGCCGCCGUGCUUCGCGAUUACUUCAAUUUGGAUACAACAAGGCUGUGUCACCUUGCGAUCGGAUGGGCGGCGAGCUGCAGCCGCUUCCGCGAAGUCAGUCCCCACUUUCCAGGCGCCCGCAUGCUGCGACAGGACCCCCUGGAGUGCUUGUUCCAGUUCAUCUGCUCGUCCAACAACCACAUUUCCAGGAUCCAUGGCAUGGUGGAACGCCUCUGUAGCAUGUACGGCACCCCACUAGAGCCAACCACGGCGCCAGCGACCCCUGGCGCUGCCGCUGUGGCGGCUGCCAGCGGUUCAGGUGCUUUGCGCCUCCUCCUCGCGAAUGGAGGCCAUGGCCCUUCCUGCUACCGUGCCCGCUUCAUCGUGGGGACGACUCGCGCUCUGUUGUCCAAGCCUGGCGGGGGACGUGCAUGGCUUCUGGGCCUCCGAGACGUGGCUCUAGGGGAGGCGGUGGAGGCCCUGACGGAUCUCCCUGGUAUCGGGCCUAAGGUCGCCGCCUGCAUCUGCCUCUUCUCCCUGGACAAGCACGAGGCCAUCCCCGUAGAUACCCACGUAUGGCAGAUUGCCGUACGGUACUACUGUCCGCAGCUGGCCGGCAAGAGCCUCACCAAGAAGGUGCACGGCGAAGUACAACAGGUCUUCGUUGAGCGGUUCGGGCCCUAUGCCGGAUGGCUCUCACACUUGGCCAGUCAACAGCACCGCCUGCCGGAGCACCUGCGGCAGGGGAAGAAGGCGGCGGCGCCUGGCGGGAAGCGCCGCGGUCGCGGUCAGCAGGGCAGGUCAUCGGGCGGGAAGCAGAACGGCCACGACGAAGAGUUGGAUGAUCAGGGCGAAUGUGAACGUAACAGCGAGGGUGGAAACAGCGGCGGUCGCGCCGCGGCGGAUGUUGCUGCUGGCGGCGGUGACGAGGACGACGACGACGACGACGAGGAUGAUGAAGAUGCGGAGGAUGGGCCUGGCAACAGGCGUGGUGGGGCUAGCGGUCGCCGAUACCAAGCGCGGAAGAAAGCAGCAGCAACAGCAGCAGUAACGGCGGAGCAGCCAGUAAUGAAAGCUUGCGAAGGUACUCGGGACGGAGGGUCCCGGGGCUUGAGGAAAGCUGCUGUGGCGGCAGCUUGUGCGGCAGAGCAGGAUGCGCCACAGGAGCCCCUGGUCGACGUGCCGGCCCGUGGCGGAGGAAGGCGGAGAGGGCCCGCCCGGCAGAGUCGCGCUGUGCCCUUGGAGCGAAAGACGGGACCGCAGAAGACGCUCCCGAAUGGGGGCGGUAGCGGUGGUGGUGGUGGUGGUGGUGAUGACGCUGGGCGCGUUUCGAUGAAAUCGCAGCCUGAGAAGGACGGCAUCCGUAAUGUUUGUUAUGACUUGUGCUUCAAACCAGAUGGAUCUCAAGUCGUUGCCGGCAUCGGCAAUCGCGUUCUGGUCUACGAUGCUGCGGACGGCGACUUGUUGCACGCGCUGAAAGGCCAUAAGGACUCUAUAUACUGCGUAGCGUAUGCCCAAAAUGGAAAGCGCUUCGCGUCAGGUGGCGCGGACAAAACGGUCAUCAUCUGGACCAGCAAGGCGGAGGGCAUCCUAAAAUACACCCACAACGACGCCAUUCAGUGCCUCUCAUACAACCCGGUCACCCAGCAACUGGCCAGCGCUACUGCAUCGGACGUGGGGCUCUGGUCUCCGGAGCAGAAAUCCGUAGCAAAACACAAGGUCGCGUCGCGCAUCUGCUCCAUAUCCUGGACCGCCGAUGGAGCCUACCUGGCGUUGGGGUGUUUCGACGGCGUCAUCAGCAUUCGCGACAAGGGCGGGAGUGAGAAGCACCGGAUUGAGACCGGGCCAUCGCCCGUGUGGAGCAUCUGCUGGAACCCCGUGGAGACCAACGUGCUGUGCGCGGGCUGCUUUGACGGCUUCCUGAAGUUCUACAUGAUGAGCGGGCAGCAGAAGAGCAAGGACCGCGAGCUGGCGUUUGACCCGCUGUGUGUGUCGUACUUCAGCAGCGGGGAGUACAUCACCGUCAGCGGAACGGACAAGACCGUGCACCUCUACACUCGCGACGGCACCUACCUGACCAAGAUUGCGGAGCGGGAUAGCUGGGUGUGGGCGGUGCGGCCGCGGCCGAAACACAACUUCGUGGCAGUGGGCACGGAGCUGGGCGGCAUUGCCAUGUUCCAGCUCAUCUUCUCCACCGUACACGGCCUCUACCAGGAUCGCUACGCCUACCGCGACCAGAUGACGGAUGUGAUCAUCCAACACCUCAUUACGGAGCAGAAGGUUCGCAUCAAGUGCAAGGACUACGUGAAGAAGAUUGCGGUGUACAAGGACAAGCUGGCGGUGCAGCUGCAGAACAAGGUGGUCAUUUACGAGCUGGCCAACGCGGACGACUUUGACAUGCACUACCAGUCCGCCACCAAGAUACAGCAGAAACUGGACUGCAACCUGCUGGUAGUCACCUCACACCACGUCAUUCUUUGCCAGGAGAAGAAGCUCCAGUUGUACAACUUUGACGGCGUCAAGGAGCGCGAGUGGGUGCUGGACAGCGUCAUCCGCUACAUCAAGGUCGUGGGCGGGCCGCCGAGGCGCGAGGGGCUCCUGGUGGGGCUCAAGAGCGGCGCCAUCCUCAAGAUCUUUGUGGACAACCCCUUCCCCAUCCCGCUCAUCAAGCACACCGCGUCCGUGCGCUGCCUGGACCUGUCCUCCUCGCGAAACAAGCUGGCUGUCGUGGAUGAGAACGCAAAGGUGCUGGUCUACAAUCUCAUCACCAAGGAGCUGGUGUUUGAGGAGAGCAACGCCAACUCGGUGGCCUGGAACAGCGAAUUUGAGGACAUGUUUUGCUACAGCGGCAAUGGCAUGCUGUCCAUCAAGACCGGCGACUUUCCGCUGCACCAGCAGAAGCUGCAGGGCUUCGUGGUGGGCUUCAAGGGCUCCAAGAUCUUCUGCUUGCAUUACGUGUCCAUGCAGACGAUCGAUGUGCCACAGUCGGCCUCCAUGUACCGCUAUCUGGAGCGCAAGGACUUUGAGUCGGCGUACCGUGUGGCGUGUCUGGGUGUCACGGAGGCGGACUGGAAGCAACUGGCGCUGGAGGCUCUGCAGGCGUUGAACCUGGAUGUGGCCCGCAAGGCCUUUAUCCGCAUCCGCGACGUGCGUUUCGUGGAGCUGGUGAACCGCACGGAAGCGGGUCGCAAGGGGGGUACCAGCGAGCAGCUGCUGCUGGCGGAGAUCAUGGCCUUCCAGGGCCGGUACCAGGAGGCGGCCAGGCUGUUCACGCAAGCUGGUUCGGUGGACAAAGCGAUGGAGAUGUUUUCUGACCUGCGCCAGUUCGAUGAGGCCAAGAAGUGGGCGGAGGAGUUUGCCGCCAGCGGCCGCGGCGACCAGCGCAGCGUACAGGAGCUCAUUAACCGGCAGGCGGAAUGGAGCGAGGAGGUCAAGAACUACGACGCCGCUGCGGAGAUGUACAUCAAGGCCAAGAAGUACGAUCGCGCCAUUGCCAUCCUGGCCAAGCACCAAUGGUGGGACAAGCUCAUCGGGGUGGUCAGGCAGCUGGACAAGACCGACGCGCGCUGUCUGGGCAUGUGUGCCGGGCACUUCCGCCGGGCGUCGAACUUUGCAUAUGCCAAGGAGACCUUGCUCAAGAUGGACGAUACCAAGGGCCUUAUCACGUUAUACGUGGAGGCUGAGAAGUGGGACGACGCGUUCCUCUUGCUGCACGCGCAUCCCGAGUGCCGCCAGGACGUCUACCUGCCGUACGCCAAGUGGCUCAGCAGCCAGGACAGGUUUGACGAGGCCCGCCUUGCUUACCAGGAGGGCGGCUUCCCCUCCCUCGCCACCCGCAUCCUGGAGCAGCUGUGCGGCAAUGCGGUGGUGGAGUCCAGGUUCUCAGACGCCGCCUUCUACUACUACCAGCUGGCGAUGGAGGCGCUCAAGAGCAUCAAGAACCCGCCGUCCGCCAUGUCGCCCUCGGAUCGCACCGCCCUGGAGCGCUUCACGGAGCUGUACGACCGCGCCGAGGUGUACUACGCGUACGACAUUGUGCACAAGAGCGUGCACUCGCCCUUCCGAACGACACACCCCGACACGCUGUUCAACGCCUCGCGCUUCCUGUUGAUGCGCACUUUGCCCCCCCGGGAGGUGCCUCUGGGGGUCAGUGUCGUCAACAUUGUGUACGUCAUGGCGAAGCAGGCUGUGGAGGCUGGUGCCUUCAAGCUGGCUCGCUUCGCCUACAACAAGCUGCAGACGCUGGUGCUCCCCGCGGCUUGGCAGGCGGAGGUGGACCUGGCCUCCGUGGUCAUCCGAUCAAAGCCGUUUUCCGACAAGGAGGACCUGCUGCCGGUGUGCUGGCGCUGCACCACCACCAACCCGCUGCUCAACACGCAGGGCGACUACUGCAUCAACUGCGGGGCGCCCUUCAUCAGGUCGUUUGUCACUUUCGAGCACCUGCCCGUCGUGGAGUUUGAGCUGGAGCCGGGCAUUGAGGAUGACGAUGCGCAGCGGCUGCUGGGAGAGGAUGCUGGGUUGGAGGCGGCAAGGCGGGAGCAGCGGGCUGCCCGGCAGGCUAAGGCUGCCGAGAUGGGUGGCAACGUGUUACGAUUGGACCAGGACGAAAUCAACCGCAUGGAUGACGCCUUUGCGGCUCAGAUGAUGGUGCCCAACACCACCAUCCGCGUAGAUCGGGCCAUGUUGCGCCGACUCAAGACCGCGGAGGUGAUGGUCCGCACCUGGCCCAACCCGGUCAUCCCCCGCCAGUACUUCCGCGUCAUGGACAGCGAGGUGCCGCUGUGCUGCGGGCCCUGCGGCCAUUUCUUCGAGCAGGACGAGUACGAGAUGGCCGCCCUGGAGCGCGGCUCGGCGCCUUUCAGCCGCACGACCGUGCGGCCCGAGGGCAUGGUGCCGGGCGAUGACGGCGACGACGACAGCCCCGCUCCCCCAACCGCUGGCGGCCUCGCGCCCACGAGCUCAGUCGACGUCUCCAUAAUCGACUUUUGCAUGGCGCUGAUAUGA